GCAUAGCAUUUCCAAUAUAGAUAGUAAAAUAAUGUUGUUUUUUUUGUGGUCUCAUUUUUAAAAUUAUCUAUUUCUGGAAUAAGUGCAACGUAUAUUUCAAAAUUUUACAAUAGUAAUAAUCAUUAUCUGUAUUGUAGAAAAUGAAAUUUCCUUUCAGAUCAAUGUCAUUAGUUCUUCUUUAGGAGGCUUAGUUCUCGAGGCAAUUCUAGUCAAACUCGAUUGCACUUUUUGCCAGUUGGACACUUGGACUGCAGAUUAUUAAUUGAAAAGUAUCAAAUUAAUCUCCAUUCGUUAUUCGUUUCUCUCUGUUCUAGUUUAUUUGUGAUGAUAGUCGAGCGAAUAUUACUCACGUCAGUGCGAAGUCUUUUCGAAUACAACGAUCGUGGAUAAUUUAGAAAAUCAUUAUCGUGAGAUUAACCAAGCUAAUAAAAGAAGUUCCCGAAUUUAUUGAUGGUGGUGCCUAUUUUGCUUGGACUAUACAUUUCGAACCUGUGAUUGAAUCCUGAUAAACGAUCAACGAUAGUGUCGGAGUGAAGUACUGAUAUUCAUUCGAUGAGAUUGAGAAUCCUUUUCUGCUCCGUGGUAAUGGAAUCACAACUACAUAGACCAGUGGAACUGACGAUCUCGGCGAUGUUUCGGCCAUGGGCCAUGAGUAAAUUCAAUGGACAUGGUGUGAAGAGUAUUACUAUAUUGCAAAAGAAACAGGAAGAGGCAUUGAUUGAGAGACGCUUCGAGAAGACCGUCUACAGACAUUUUCACUUCUACGAGUUGGAACGCUGGUAUGAUCGUACAUUCAAUGGAGAUCAUUGGACGACUAAAGAAUCAUUGCAAAAGGCACAUCGAAAGAAGUUACUCGAGAGACGCGUUAAGAAGUUCUACAGACGUUUUUACCCCUGGUCUGGGGAGUCAUUGAAAAAUGCACGUCGAAAGGACUACGUUGACGAAGCAACCGAGCAAAUGAUCAUGCAAAUUUUUCAUCUUCGGUUUAUAGAUAACAUAGACUUAGACACAGGUUAUUCCGAUCAAGAAUACAAUACAGACACAAGUGAUUCUGAGCGAGAAGACGAUACAGACGUAGGUGAUACCAAGCAAACCCACAAGUACCCUGGGGAUUAUUUAUAUGAUUUGGAAAAGGAAGAAAAAGAGAAAUACCUUGUUAUGAUUAAUGGCUCGCCCGAAGAAUCUUUUUUAAGAAUGUUAUUGGACAUCAAGUUGUAUCUAGAUGUGGAAUUGGUUCAUCUCGUCCAUUUCAAACGUCGCAUCGAUAACUGUAGUUAUGGGUGGAAUAAUAAUGAUACCUCUACCAAGUGUUGGGGGAGAUUUUACGAAAGAGUCCUGAUUAAUGGUGCUAUUGCGAUGGAAGAGUAUUACGAAGAGUUUAAUAAGCAAGAUGCCAUUGUAACCUUGAGUCAUAGACUGCUUCGAAAUUAUGUUAUAGUUUUUUAUAGUAAGGUUAAAUCCAAUCGUUCGUUUUUUGUUAGAAGAAUCCCAGAAUGUUUUAGAGAACAAUCCCGAAAGUUUAUCGACUUCGUGCUGAGUACCUAACGAAAAUUGUGCUGUAAAGUAGAAUUUAUCUCAUAUGGAUCAUUUAGAUCAUUUAUCUGCCUAUAAUACAAAUUAACAAUGCAUCACAUUUCCAAUAUAUUAGUUGAUUAAAGUAAAAUAAGGUUUUAUUUUGUGAUUUUAUUUUUAAUAUUAUAUUUUAGGAAUAAGAUCAACGUACAUUUUUAAAUUUUACAAUGGUAAUAAUCAUUACCUGUGUUGUAGAAAAUAAAAUUUCCUUUCAGAUCAAUGUCGUUGGGUUUUCUCUGAGAGGCUUAGUUAUUCUAGCCAAACUCGAUUGCACUUUUUGCCAAUUGGACUGCUCAAAUUAUUCUCUAUUCGUUAUUCGUUUUUUCUGUUCUAGUUUGUAUUAUUGUGAUGAUAGUCGAGCGAAUAUUACUCAGUGCGAAGUCUCUUCGAAUGCAACAAUCGUGGAUAAGAAAAUCACCAUCGUCGGAUUAAGAAGUUCCAGAAUUCAUUGAUGGUGUCUAUUUUGCUUGGACUAUACUUCAAACCUGUGAUUGAAUCCUGAUAAACGAUCAACAAUAGUGUCAAGGUGAAGUACUGAUAUUUUCUGCUCCGCGGUAAUGGAAUCACAAUUCACAGCAACAUACGUGUAGGAUGAGAAGCCACCGGAAGACGUAAAGAAGGAAGAUAACGACGACAAUAUCAACGCUAAAACCAAAAUCGACAUCGAAGAUACGCUCGAGGAAGAAAAAUCAAAGUUAUCUCUGAAUUUAGCUGGCGAAUGUUUGGAUCUUUUGCUCAACAGAUGCUCAAAAUCGUCAUCUUCGUGUUCAACAUCGUCAACUCAACCUCGACACGUAGUCAAAGAUGAAGCUGUAGGUACCAGUGUAGUGUGUACCCCUGUCUUCGCAGAUGAAACCCAUUGCUGAUGGUUUAGAUACGAGAAACUUUUCGAAAAUAUUACCAAAAAUCUAAAAAACGAAUCUUUUAUAAACGCAUUGGAAAAUUAUUUCAAGCUGAAUUAAUUUUAUUUUGGAUCGAAAAAAAAAACUAGUACUCGUAUUCGUAUGAAAGUAAACAACAUAGUAUAAGUCUUUCUGUGUAAUUUAUUUGUGUAGGUACUAGGUAGUAGGUCUAGGUACAUAGAUUGUAUUGAAUAUAUUUAUGAAUUAAAUAGAUAUAAUAUA